CGCCCGUUCGUCCGCCCGCCCGCCGCUCGCGAUGAAGGCGGCCCAGGCCGCGGGUGCCGAGGCGCCGCAGGGCGCGCGGUCCGUCAAGGUGGUCCUGGUCGGCGACGGCGGCUGCGGGAAGACGUCGCUGCUGAUGGUCUUCGCCGAGGGGUCCUUCCCCGAGAGCUACACCCCCACUGUGUUUGAGCGGCUCACCGUUAAUCUGCAAAUGAAGGGCAAACCCCUGAACCUCCAAAUCUGGGACACAGCAGGGCAAGUUGACUAUGACCGCCUGCGGCCCCUGUUCUACCCUGACGCCAGCGUCCUUCUCCUCUGCUUCGAUGUCACCAGCCCGCACAGCUUUGACAACAUCUCUAACCGGUGGUACCCAGAGGUGAACCACUUCUGCAAGGAGGUGCCCAUCAUUGUCGUGGGCUGCAAGACUGACCUGCGCAAGGACAAGUCGCUGGUGAAGAAGCUGCGGAAAAAUAGGUUGGAGCCUGUGACCUACCACAGGGGCCAGGAGAUGGCAAGGUCCGUGGGCGCAGUGGCCUACCUCGAGUGCUCAGCCCUGCUCCAAGAAAACGUCCAUGCGGUCUUCCAGGAAGCAGCGCAGGUGGCCCUCAGCAGCCACAGUCGCAACUUCUGGAGGAGGGUUACCCGGAGCUGUUGCGUGGUGACCUGACGUCUUGAGGCCCUCCCUGCCCCAACCCCCCAGCAGCUCAGGAAGGAGCUGGGCGCUGAGCUGCCCAGUUGGCUGGGCUGGACCCAGUCCCGAGGCUGUGAUCACCGAACUGCGCCUCAAACAGAUGGACACCACCGAGGCCGGGCCCCUGACCCUGGGGCUGCAAUCCCUGGACUAGAGCGUAACCCCCC